AUGCCUACAAAUGUCUUGAUCACCGGUGCAUCCGGCUACCUCGGCAGCGCCCUCAUCCACGCCCUCACCGAGACCACGCUGCCAGCCGACUGCACCGUGCACGCCUCGGGGCACAACGCCGCGGCCGCCACGGCGGUGACCGAGGCCGGCCUCGUGCCGUGGACGUCGGACCUGCGUGACCCGGACGCCGUGAUGCGGGAUGUGCUCGAGAAGGAGAUUUCGGUCGUCUUUUGA